GAUUGGUGCCAGCGUAGAGAGAGAAAGCAUGAUUGUUCAGCUCCAAGACUCGCUCUUUUUGCAGUGAUCAAAUCCUCAUCUUCUUUCUCAAUCCUCAACCAGUAACCUUUCAAUUUCUCUCUCUUCUGCUCUCACUCUCUCACUUGGGGGUUGAAGAUGAGAAUUUGUGGAGCAGGUAUGGGUUGAUAUUGGAUUUCCUUUAAUUUAUUUGGUGGACUUAUUUCCUUCAUGUUUAUGCACCCAAUUCUAUUAACAAUUCUGGGUCAUCAGCAAUCAGCAGCAGCUACACCACCACGUCCAAUUCGCUUUUAGUGUUUGCUUCCUCUUCCCUCUCCAGUCCUGCCAAAACCAAGUUCCUGCCCUCACUUUCUAGAUUUUCUGUCAAGCGUCUCUGCUUCCUUUCCCAAACUCGUCCGCACAUUUCCGUGAACAAGCCCUCCAUGAACCUGUUGAACAGACUCGGGUUUGGCAGCGCAAGAGCACCAGAGAACAUGGAUUCAUCCAUUCCUCAGGGUCCAGAUGAUGACAUACCAGCACCAGGCCAGCAGUUUGCCGAGUUUGGUGCUGGCUGCUUUUGGGGUGUUGAGUUGGCCUUCCAGAGGGUGCCUGGUGUGACCAAGACAGAGGUUGGUUACACCCAGGGGCUUGUGCAUAAUCCAACCUAUGAGGAUGUGUGUACAGGGACCACAAACCACUCAGAGGUUGUAAGGGUUCAAUAUGAUCCAAAAAUUUGUAGCUAUGAGACUCUGCUUGACGUGUUCUGGGCUAGACAUGAUCCCACCACUCUGAAUAGACAGGGGAAUGAUGUGGGAACACAGUACAGAUCUGGAAUAUACUACUACACACCGGAACAAGAGAAGGCGGCCAAGGAGUCAUUGGAGCAACAGCAGAAGCAGUUGAACAGGAAGAUUGUUACUGAGAUCCUUCCUGCCAAGAAGUUCUACAGGGCAGAGGAGUACCAUCAGCAGUACCUUGAGAAAGGUGGCCGAUCUGGUUUCAAGCAAUCUGCUUCUAAAGGCUGCAAUGAUCCAAUUCGGUGCUAUGGUUAACUGCCAUAAAUGAAUUGCCAUCAAAGAUCAAUGCAACCGGUUCUUCAGAUAUUGAAAGUCCAUAGUUUUGUUUGUAUUUGUUAAUAUAUCAACAAAGCUUGUGCACACUGUAUUUGAGGUUGAAGAUGGACAUAGCCAUAAAUUCAGUUGUAGAGUUGUAUAUUGUCUUUUAUAUAUAAUAUGGCUUUGCUUUAAAAUAUUA